AUGAUUCCUGGGAAGUAUCGCUCUGUUUCUGGCCGGACUGCAAACAACGUGAACUGUGGGCUUCAUCUGGUUAUUCAAACCUCAUCACUUCCUGAGAAGCACAAGGUUGAAUUCAAGCUAAAUAGAGACACACCAUCAUUCCCUGGUCGACUCUUACAACAUGAUCUUGAAAGAAACUAUUCCAGUAGGCAAGGAGAUGGAAGAGUCAUAAGUCCUUCGCCUCGUAGCAAAUCAUCAUGCAUCUCAUCCACAACAAACGUGACAGAACUGUAUGGGCUGGAAGUGAAAAGUGCCCUGAGCUCCUUGUCAGCAUUCGGAGAUUCUUCCUUUCAGACACCUGCCAAGGCCAGGAUCCGGCAGGGCUGUCAUAGCGCCGGCCCCAAUGUGUCUGGUGACCAUAUUAACCUGGUGAGCUCCUCAAUGCCAUCCUUUCCUGUUCUCCACCGUUCUUCUGAAGAGAAGAUUCUUUAUUCAGACAGGCUGACGCUGGAAAGGCAAAAGUUGACUGUGUGUCCUAUCAUCGAUGGGGAAGAACACUUACGCCUGUUGAACUUCCAACACAAUUUUAUAACUCGGAUCCAAAAUAUUUCCAAUCUGCAGAGGCUAAUAUUCCUGGACUUAUAUGAUAACCAGAUUGAAGAAAUCAGUGGGCUUUCUACUCUGAGAUCCCUCCGUGUCCUUCUGCUGGGGAAGAACAGAAUCAAGAAAAUCUCAAAUCUAGAGAACCUAAAAAAUUUAGAUGUUUUGGACCUUCAUGGAAAUCAGAUUACCAAAAUCGAAAAUGUCAAUCAUCUGUGUGAUUUGAGAGUUUUAAAUCUUGCCAGGAACCUUCUAAGUCAUGUUGAUAAUCUUAAUGGACUGAAUUCACUAACCGAACUCAACCUGCGACACAAUCAAAUCAGUUUUGUGAGAGAUGUGGAUAAUUUGCCCUGCCUCCAACGUCUGUUCCUCAGCUACAACAAUAUAUCUAGUUUUGACAGUGUUUCCUGCCUUGCUGAUGCUACUUCCCUCUCAGACAUAACUUUUGAUGGCAACCCAAUAGCACAAGAGUCAUGGUACAAACACACUGUCCUUCAGAAUAUGAUGCAGCUGCGCCAGCUGGAUAUGAAGAGAAUCACAGAAGAAGAGAGGCGCAUGGCAUCAGUUGUGGCCAAGAAAGAGGAAGAGAAGAAGCGGGAAAGUCACAAGCAGUCCUUGCUCAAGGAGAAGAAAAGGUUAACAAUUAAUAACGUAGCUCGAAGAUGGGAGUUGCAGCAACGAGGAGUCAAUAUUGCUAUGAAUCCCGAGAAGAGAGACUGUGACCUGUCAUCGCAGGAUCCCUGUCAGGGCGAUGGGAGCACAGUGUCCGCGCUGGCAGAGGAAUCGGGGUCUCUCGACUCCGGGCUCACAAGCGCCUUACAAGGUCUGUGUGUCCCAGACACGCACCUGGUGGAAGUAGACGGGGACACGCUCUCGCUGUACGGCGCAGGCGCGCUGGAAUCCCUGGACCGGAGUUGGAGCGCUCAGACUGCAGGAAUGGUCACAACUGUCUCUUUCAUGUUCAUAGAAUUCGAUGAGAUUGUCCAAGUGCUUCCCAAGUUGAAGAUCAAGUUUCCUAAUUGUCUGCACCUUAAAUUCAAGGAGACAAACCUGGUCAUGUUGCAGCAGUUCAAUGCUCUGGCACAGCUCCGUCGGGUUGACCAGCUGACCAUCGACCCUCAGGGAAACCCUGUGGUCAACUUCACUCUCUGGAAGUAUUACGUAUUGUUCCGGCUCAGCCAUUUCAGCAUGCAGAGAAUAAACGGAACUGAGGUGACUCAGAACGACCUGAUCAUGGCUGAGCGGCUCUUUGGCAUCCUUGCACAUGUGGCAUCAUCUGAAUUACCCCAGUACCGUCUGAUUUCAAUUCUGGGCGAUGCCAGGAAAAAGCAAUUCCGGUAUCUACUAGAAACCAAAGGAAAAAAGCCUGGAAUUGUCAAUGAAGAAAAUAAUGACAGCAAAAGACUUGUAGCAGAAAAUACAAAUCGUGCGACGCUGAAUUAUACCACAAGAGACUUUUAUAAUGAAAAGCUAGAGGAAAUAAAGGAAAAAAAGAAAUUCUGCAAGAUGUACGUGGAGGACCUUGUGAAGGGAGCCACGGAGAUCAACAGGAAGAAUGAGGCCUUGCAGAAGCUUUGGCCACAAAUGUUCAUCGAGCUCGUGAGGGACGCCGUCAUUGAGAUCCGCAAUAAGAAUGCCUACAUGAAGCUCUGCCUGCAGCAGAUCACCGACCACAAAUAG